CCUGGCGUUCCCAGAACACGAAUCAAACACGCUCCAAACGCAAGGAAACAAACAACCGUAGCAAGGAGUCCUGCUUUUCUUGGAAGGUUCGCAGAUCAGCGACCGCGGGAAGCGAAGAAGCGCGGGUGCGUGGGAGUUACGUCUCUCUCUGCAUUUGGGUUUUAGGGCUCCUCGCGUCCUUUUCCUCCUCCUCCUCGUCGGUGCGUUCCUUUUGACGGCGAAGAUGAUCGAGGUGGUGCUGAACGAUCGGCUGGGCAAGAAGAUAAGGGUGAAGUGCAACGAGGACGACACCAUCGGCGACCUCAAGAAGCUUGUCGCCGCUCAGACGGGCACCCGCGCGGAGAAGAUACGUAUACAGAAGUGGUACAACAUCUACAAGGAUCACAUCACCCUCAGCGACUAUGAGAUCCACGAUGGAAUGGGCUUAGAGCUCUACUACAAUUAGAACAGCGUUGAAGCAAGGAGCUUCUGUUAUCUGGACUACACUAGGUGGCUUGAUGAUGGUACAAACUACAAAGUUACUGUAAAAUAAAAAUUGCUUUUGACGAUAAUGUUUAAUAUGCUUGUGGACAUGUACCAAUGUGUGCAAUAAUAUAGUGCAUGAUUACAAUU